GAAAAACUUGAAUUCACAAGAGCACAUGUGAAAGUAUGAGACAGAAACACAUUCUGGUAAUACAGUUAAACCAAUAUUAUCAACAGUAUGGGCGUCAAAAGCAAGACGUAAUCUAUAGACGUACUAUCCUCAGUGAGCUGAAGAAAAGGGACCAGGACUUCCCCUUGGACGACCAUGACGCUAUCCUCGAUGACGUCUUGAGGUUCUUGGUGUGGUCCUUUCUCGUGGUCAUCGUGGCAACUUGGCUGUGGCGUCAGUAUUACAAGCAUGCCGGGGAUCCCUGCAGCAAACUGCCUCUCCCCCCAGGGUCUAUGGGCUUUCCUUUGGUGGGCGAAACACUGUCCUUGAUAACUAAAGGUUCUGACUACUACCUGUCUCGGAGGGAACAGUACGGCCACGUAUACAAAACUCACCUACUGGGACAACCUACCAUCAGAAUCAUCGGCGCUGACAAUGUACGCCAUAUGUUGAUGGGGGAACACACUACCGUUGAGAGCAGCUAUCCAAAAUCACUCAAGCGUCUACUGGGGCCUGGUGGACUUCUGAGUGCAACUCCUGAAAGUCACAGGAUCAGGAAGAAGCUACUCCUCAAGGCUUUAGCUCCUGCAGCUUUACAUGGGCAUGUUCAAAGCAUUCAAAAACUUGUCAGAAGGCAUAUUUUGGACUGGUGCAACAAGGGAGAACAACUUGGUACAGAUAUUUGCAAAAGGUUGGCGAUGUCAGUUGCUGCCAACAUCCUUAUUGGAUUUGAUGUCGAUGAUCAGAAACUACAGUCCAUUAUCAACUCUUUCAAGACUUUCACCGGCAACCUGUUCUCAUUGCCAUGGGAACUACCUGGCUCAGGACUGUCCAAGGGUCUAAAAGCACGUAAACAGCUCAUAAAAGAAAUUAAGAAAAGACUUCAGACAGAGACGCCACACUGGUCCCUGGUUGAUGAACUGAAGACUCUCGAUGAAACGACCGCUUCACUCACAGCAGACGAAAUGGCAGAUGCCAUCUUGGAAUUAUGGUUUGCAGGAAACGACACCAGUUCCAGCACGUCAAAUUCAACACUACUGGCUUUAGGUAAAGAUGAUGGUGUCCGAAAACGAAUCGAAGAAGAACUGGCCGAAAACGGACUGUUGAAUUCUGAAGAUGAGCUGACGUUUGACAGUUUAAAGAAGCUGACCUACGUAGAUCACGUGGUGAAGGAGGUGCUCAGAGUGUAUCCGCCUGUUGGUGGUGGCUUCAGGAGGGUCAAGAAAACGAUGGAGAUUGAGGGCUUCCAGAUUCCAGAGGGAUGGUCUGUGAUCUACAGUAUUCGGGACACGCAUCAAACCUCCAAACUCUUUGAAGACAGAGAGGAAUUCCAACCUGAACGCUGGGAUGAAAUGGACAAAAAGACACGUUUGAGUGGUAAACGGUUUCACUACAUUCCUUUUGGAGCAGGUGCCCGAGCAUGUCCUGGUGAAAAUUUUGCCAGGAUGUUUGUGAAAAUCUUCAUUGUGGAACUGAUAAAGACAUGCAAAUGGGAACUAAAAAACAAAAACCCUAAGAUUUCCUACUUUCCAGUGACAAAGCCUUCCGAUGAUCUCCCUGUGACCUUUCACCUUCGUGAGGACAAAACAAAAAGUGUAGACUUCCUUGAAUCACGUGAUAUAUUCCCACAUAAUACAUAUAGGAGACUGAUCCCAAGAUUUCAGCUCUGAACUAGAUUGGUCUGUCCACUUGUUAAUCUUGGUAAGUGCCAUCAAUCACUGACACAAUAUAUUUAGUCAUGAUUGUGAUUCUGCAUUUACCUAUUGAUUUGUGCUAUAACAUCCAGUGCUUGCAGUUAUGGUACUAAAAUCUUUAUCUGGAAAUUCCGAUCAUUGAAUGGUGCUCUAUACUAAUUAUUUAGUGAGCAAGCAAGAAUCGUUAAGAAUAUGUCAGUUAGAUCAUAGCUUCUCAGAUUUCUAAGGAAUAACAGUGAUGCAAAGGCAUUUGUCAUUUUGACCUGUAGUGAGUUAGGGAGUGAGUUUGGUUUUAUCCCCAGGUAGCAAUAUUCGAGCCGUAUCAAAGCAGGAACCAUGUUAGGAAUCAAAACCAGUCCUUCGGGGUCCCAAGUGAACGCUCUAACCACUAAGCUAAUCCAAAUCCCAUUUUGGCCAAUUACAGAGAGCUACCCAUAUUGGCAUGCGUGACUAAACUCCUUUAUGCAUAAUCUUUACAUUUACCUGUAUGCUUCUCUCUUGCAGGUAUUAACAAGAGAAAAGUCUUUUAUUGGAGAUAUUAUCACACAAGUUAAUGCCUCUAGGCUUAUCUGCUAAGUUCCAGUUUAAAAGAAAUCAGAUAUUGAAAAAGCUAUUUCAUUAUCAUUUAAGUUUCUAGUUGUACAAAUUCUGAUCUGUUAAUACCCUUAAGAGUUGAAGAUAUAAUGCUUACCAACUGGUCAGCUUUCGUUUCGCUUCAAUGAUUAAGGGGAGAUCACUUCCAACGUACCACCAUCUUGAGAUUACAAAAAGAAAUGAAAACACAGCUACCCAAUCUACAAAGUUCCAUUUUUCAAAGAAAUCAGAUAUUGAUGUGUUUGGCCAAGAGAGAUACUUCAAUUAAUAUUUUCUCGCUCUAGUUUCAAUUUGUUCAAAUUCUUAUCUGUGGAUACCCUUACACAUCGGAUAAAAAUGCCAACCCCUUGGUCAACUUUCGUUUCUCGUUGAUUAAGGAGAGAGCACUUCCAACGUACCACUCUCUUGAGAUCAUUGAGAAAUGUUACACUACAACCAAUAUAUCAGGAGCUAGCAAGAGAACAUGUCUUUAAAUGGGGAAUGAUGUGCUUUCCAGCUUUAAGGUGAGUGAUAAGUGACCAAUCUACUAUCUUUCAAAAUUCUGCCUAUUAUUCAUGAUAUGUAUUCUAAGACAACAGUUGCUAAAAUUGCAAAUAUUAACAUCUUUAUUAAAGGAGCUCUUUUCCCUAUAAAAAAGUUCGGUCAAAAUUAAAAAAUCUUGCUCCCACUCUUAACUUUAAAAUGUUUGAUUCUCAAAUACACCUGUUGUAUUCAUCCGAGGUAUGGGGUUGGCAUAAAUGGGAGGCAUAAAAACAGUUUCUUGUAAAUAUUGUAAAUAUGUUCAAGGUGUUUACAAAUCUUCUACUACUGCAGCUGUUUCAAGUGCGUGUGGUCGUUUUAAUAAAUAUUGUUAUUCACUCACAAGACGCAUUGGUGUAAACUUUUAAGUAUGCCGGAUACUAGGUAUCCAAAUGACAUUUUAUGAAAUGUUGAGAUUGGACGAGCAAGGCAGAAUUACAUGGGUCUCAAAUACCGAAAAAGUACUUUGUUCAUAUGGUUUUAAUUAUGUGUGAAAUGUGUCAGUAUUUUAGAAUUUCAACAAAGCGUUCUAGGCUAUUUAGUUCAAUCUCUUUUUUCAAAGCUGAAUGAGCAUUCAUAUUUAGAUUUUUACUCCACUAUGAAGUCAUAUUUACUUCGUAUACACCAAAGAGAUCAAAGAUGAUAUUUAACAUCAUUAAAAUUAAUGAAUUACAAAUUAUGAAUAAUAUAGCGAGGAGGAAAGGUGAACCUAGGAACCUUAGGUUUUGUCCUAUCAGUAAAAAUAUUAUAGCAGAUGUGUUACAUUCUUUGUUCGUAUGCCCACUUUUUGAUAUUUAAAGACACACAUAUUUUCCCUACACCAACUUAAAAAAAUAAUAUUUUCUCAGAACUUUACUACAAACUAACAUUAACACAUUGUCAUUAUGUGUUAAAUACAUUAAAGAUGCCCUAUCUUUACGUUCUUCAUAUAUAUUCUAAUUUGUACUUUAAAUGCACUGUGCACCUCUUGAUAUUGUACCACCACUUUGUAUAUAAUACAUGUAUCUAUAUUGUACUUGGGCCUUGAUACUGAAAUAAACUUAACCUAUAUAUUGCCAAGUGUCAGGUCAGAAAAUUGUACUGUUUCAAGCUUGUUGGUGAUUACCUAAGUGGCAUUGAUUUGAACAGUAUUCAUCUCACAGCGUUCUUUACAUGGUGACAGUGAUCACUUUAACUUGGUCAAUAUGCCAGUCAUCAUAUGUCUAGUGGUACCAGCAUCAUCAAGUUGGCCUGAUGUUACUCUUAAGAUUGAUGUAAACAGUUUUAUCACUUUGAUCCUGGGCAGAUGAUAGUUAAAUAACACCAUGAACAUACCAACUGCUCUGUUAACUGGAAAAGAGAUUUUAUACAUUUUCGAUUUUUGUUCAAACACUUUACAG